CCCACCCCGGGCUCCCGCGCAGUCUUGGCGGGAAGACGUCAGCUGCUAAACGGUAGAAAGAUGUCGUGGUUAAGCGCGGAGGCCGAGGAGAAGGCUUGCUCCAGACAGCGUAACCAGGUGAAGGUGAAUGAAUAUAAAGAAAAUCAAAACGUCGUUCACGUAUCUCUGAGACCAGAACAGACUACAGUUCUAGGAAAAACAGCUAAGGUUUAUCUUGCUCCCUUUUCACUCACUAAUUACAAGUUAGGUCAAUUUAAGUGCCCCAAAUCCCUAUUAGAAAAGAAUUCUAAUGAUGCAGUGAUGUGUAAGAAGCUUAAGAAGACUCAACUAAAGAAAACUUGCAAAAAAAAAUUAAUUCCAAAAAUGAAAGCCAUAUCUUCCAAGGCAGAAUCUACUCUGCAAAAAUCAUCCUUAGAUAUUCAUGCUGAAAGUAACAAACUAGAACACAAGAACAGUUCAGAUGCUGUGAUUUGCAACGUUGAUAUGGAAAGCAGUGAUGAAGAUACCACACCUGGCCUGGAUGAUUUUUCAGGAUUGUCACCAUAUGAAAGGAAGAGACUCAAGAACAUAUCAGAAAAUGCAAACUUUUUUGCUUCUCUUCAGUUGUCUGAGUCAGCUGCAAGGCUCCGUGAAAUGAUAAAGAAGAGACAACCUCCUAAGUCCAAGAGAAAGAAGCCUAAGAAGAGAGAAAAUGAGAUUGGAUGUAGAAGGUCAAUGCGAUUGCUAAAAGUGGAUCCUUCAGGAGUUUCAUUACCAGCAACUCCAACACAGCCGACAUUAGAAGAAGAUGAAAAUCCUUUGUUACCUCCUGGGCCUUUAGAAAUGAUUCCUGAAAAUCAAGAUGACAACAAUGAACUAUUUAAAGAAUUUCUGCACACAUGGGGUGAAAUGAACAAGACAAGUCGUAAGAACACUGAAAAGGGGCUGUUCAGCAUUAAAAGCUACAAAGCCAAUUUAAAUGGAAUGGUUAUUAGUGAAGAUGCUGUUCAUAAAGUUACCAAUGGCUCAAUAUUCUCUGUGGCUCUCCACCCAUCAGAAACUAGAACUUUGGUAGCAGCUGGGGCCAAAAGUGGGCAAAUUGGACUUUGGGAUUUGACCCAGCAAAGAAAAGAAGAUGGAGCAUAUGUUUUUUAUCCCCAUAGUCAACCUGUUAGCUGUCUUUACUUCUCACCUGCCAAUCCAGCCCACCUACUGUCAUUGAGCUAUGAUGGCACGUUACGAUGUGGGGAUUUUUCCAGAGCUAUUUUUGAAGAGGUAUAUAGAAAUGAAAGAAGUGGCUUUUCCUCCUUUGACUUCUUGACAGAAGAUGCUUCCACUUUACUAGUGGGACACUGGGAUGGAAAUAUGUCACUGGUGGAUAGACGGACACCUGGAACUUCUUUUGAGAAACUAAUUCGUUCUUCUUUGAGAAAAAUAAGAACUGUUCAUGUCCACCCAGUGCACAGACAGUAUUUCAUGACUGCAGGGUUGAGGGAUAUUCAUAUUUAUGACGUCAGGCACCUGAAACUCAGGGGAAGCCAGCCUUUGAUUUCUUUGACUGAACACACGAAGAGCAUUGCUUCUGCCUAUUUUUCACCUGUUACUGGUAACAGAGUAGUGACCACAUGUGCUGAUUGUAAGCUGAGAGUCUUUGACAGCAGCUGUAUUUCUUCCCAGAUUCCUCUCCUCACCACCAUCAGGCACAACACUAUCACUGGACGAUGGCUGACCCGGUUCCAAGCCGUGUGGGACCCUAAACAAGAAGAUUGUAUCUUAGUUGGCAGCAUGGCCCAUCCACGACGAGUGGAAAUCUUCCAUGAGACCGGAAAGAGGGUGCAUUCUUUUCUUGGAGAAUGUCUUGCCUCUGUGUGUUCCAUCAAUGUCAUGCACCCAACUCGGUAUAUUCUGGCUGGAGGUAAUUCCAGUGGGAAGUUACAUGUUUUUAUGAAUUAAGAAAGCUACUUAGUUUCUAGGUAGGUAUACCUAUUUGUUCAAAUUCAUCACUGUCUAAAAAACCUAAUGAUACACAUAGCUUAGUGUGUUUACUUGGUGUUAUAUUUAUAAAAUAUAAAAUUGCUUUAUUAAUAAGAACUAUGAGCAGAAUAUACUAAAUUUAGUAAGGGAGAAGCCUCAGAAGAUGCUUCUCAGGCAUGGAGAGGAAAUUUGAGUAGAGGCUGAGAUGCUUUUAGUACUUUUAAUCAGGCAGUAUGUUGAGAAAGUCUAACAAGAUAAAUUAUAAAGCUUGAAUGAUCAGUAUUAACUUUCUGUUAUAUAAUGAUAAUAGUUUUUAGUCUACAAUGAUAUAGAUUUGUGGUUUAUUUUCUAAGUUUGUAGUGAAUGUUUAUUUUUAGGCUUAUAUGCUGGAAGGAGUCCUGAAAGGUCUUCUAACUCAAUGAUUUUGAAACUUAGUUUUUAAAAACAAGAACCUUUUUUUUUUUUUUGCACCUCAGUUAAAUUUUAUAUGAGCCGGGUGUGGGAGCGCACGCGUAUAAUCCCAGCAGUUUGGGAGGCUGAGACAGGAGAAUCACAAGUUCAAAGCCAGCCUCAGCAAAAGCAAGGUGC